AUGGCUCCAUAUACAGGAACAACACUGCGGUAUCGGCUAGACCCUGUGAAUAGACGAGACAGUGGUCACAUACAACCGCCACAAUUUUCGCGACAAGUCUUAACUCCCGGCACCACCCGUUCAACGGCCGACGCUCAUCCAACCGUGGAGGAGCAUCGGAUUGCGCACCCUACAUCCGCUAAAGCUACGCUUAUCACACUACUCUAA